UUAAGGAAGUAGGUCCGGCAGUGGGCGGGGCCAGAGCUGGGCGGUGGCAUGUCCCUCCGCGGGCGUGUCUCUGUGCGGGCGCGGCCCAAGACCGGGAAGCCGUGUGGCAGCCAGACGGAGGCAGUCGGACCGUGGCUACUAGAAAGAAAAGAAAAAAGGAACGUGUGGCUGUUGUUAGACCCUAGAAGUUUCUAAGGGUCUCCCAUACCUCAUCACAUACAGACCAAGAGAACCAAGAGGUGCUGGUGUCCAGUUUUAAGAAGCUGUUGGAAGCCCACUAAGAGGAUCAGAGAGAGGAGCCCAGAAAAGACCACAGGGAGGAUCUCAAGGCUCCACACAUUUCUCCAAGGUGACCUGACACAGGCUAUCAUCCUGUCCUAGUCUCUGCCCUGUGUUUCUGGCAGGUGCCACCGAGAUGUCAAACCCCUUCCUGAAGCAGGUUUUCAACAAGGACAAGACAUUCCGGCCCAAGCGCAAGUUCGAGCCUGGCACCCAGCGCUUUGAGCUGCACAAGCGGGCACAGGCGUCACUGAACGCGGGGCUAGACUUGCGACUGGCUGUGCAGCUGCCGCCGGGCGAGGACCUUAAUGACUGGGUGGCCGUCCACGUGGUGGAUUUCUUCAACCGUGUCAACCUCAUCUAUGGCACCAUCAGUGACGGCUGCACCGAGCGCUCAUGCCCGGUCAUGUCUGGGGGUCCCAAGUAUGAGUACCGCUGGCAGGAUGAGAGGCGCUUCCGCAAGCCCACCGCACUGUCUGCACCCCGCUACAUGGACCUGCUCAUGGAUUGGAUCGAGGUGCAGAUUAACAAUGAGGAGGUCUUCCCCACCAACGUCGGCACCCCAUUCCCCAAGAAUUUCCUGCAGACAGUGCGGAAGAUCCUGUCGCGGCUCUUCCGUGUGUUUGUACACGUCUACAUCCACCACUUUGACCGCAUCGCACAGAUGGGCUCCGAGGCCCACGUGAACACCUGCUACAAACAUUUCUACUAUUUCGUCACUGAGUUCAGCCUCAUCGACCCCAAAGAGCUGGAGCCCCUGAAGGAGAUGACCUCACGGAUGUGUCACUGAGGGCCAUCACAUCCCCCCGAGACUCCCAGGGAUGGCUGAGGAGGAUGGCUGAGGAGUCAUAUCCCCACUGCUUGAAUCUGAAACUGUGGUCCUGGGACGCCAUUGCACUGCCUGGAAGUCACUGGGAGAGUCUGAGCCUUCUGACUGCGACGUACAUGGACGCUGGAUGUGAACUCUAGAAUGCACUGUGCUCACCACUGAGUUUACACUGUGUGUGCCCCACAGUCACCCAUGAGAAGCAGGACCUGGAGUCACUGUCCCUUCUUCAUGUCUAUCCCCAUUCUGCACCCUUCUGCAUGACCUUGGCUCUUGUGGCUGUGACUUUUCCCCCCACCUGCCAGUCUGGGGAGGUAGCUCCAGGUCCCCUCACCACCUCAGAGCCACAUUCUAUGUUGAUGACUGUAUGGGAGCUGUCCAAUCUCCCAAGAGGUACAACUGGGUGCCACCCCCAUCCCCCAGUGCUCACUGCACUUCUGGUCCUCCAUUGUCUCUAGGACAUCCAUGCACUCUGUCUAAGGCUUUUGGAUCCUGUGCCUUUCAUCAGCAUGCCUGGUGUUGUGUGUCCUGAGGUCCUUCCCAUACUUGGAAAAUAUUCAGCUUUUGCCAAAGCUUGGUGACCCAUGCCUGUCUUCCCAGAACACAUGCAGGAGAAUGGCUCAAGUUCAAAGCUAGCCUAGUCUACACAGGUUUCAGGCCAGUCAGGGCUGCAAUAAAGAUUGUCUCCUUGGG